CCCAAGCUCCAUUCAUAUUUCAUACUCCUCGCCUCUUAAAUUUAAUUACUCCGUAGAAAUUCGACCCUUCCUCUAGAUUCCAUGGCGCCAAAGACGGAGAAGAAGCAAGCCGAGAAGAAGCCGGCGGCGGAGAAGACCCCUGCAACCGAGAAGCCGGAGGCGGAGAAGAAGCCAAAGGCCGGGAAGAAGCUCCCGAAGGACGCCGGAGCUGCGGCGGCCGGAGACAAGAAGAAGAAGAGGACGAAGAAGUCCGUUGAGACUUACAAGAUCUACAUCUUCAAGGUUCUGAAGCAGGUCCAUCCCGACAUCGGAAUCUCCAGCAAGGCCAUGGGAAUCAUGAACAGUUUCAUCAACGACAUCUUCGAGAAGAUGGCUCAGGAGGCAUCCCGAUUGGCUCGGUACAAUAAGAAGCCGACCAUUACUUCCAGGGAGAUCCAGACCGCAGUGAGGUUGGUCCUUCCCGGAGAAUUGGCCAAGCACGCCGUCUCUGAAGGCACCAAGGCUGUUACCAAAUUCACUAGCUCUUAAGAACGUUUCAAGUAUAAUAUCUGUUUCCAAUAGUUUUUUUUUGCUUCCUAGGGCUUGGUUUAGAAGAAAAGUUGUUUCAAUUUAGCUCGUUUUCGUUCGAGCCCAAAUCAGUGUAAUGCUUUUGCGCCUGUGAAUCAAAUGAACUCUUACCUUUUCUAUGUCAUUGCGCCCAAAUCAGUUUUAUGUUUCUUCACAGAUUUGUGUAUUGAUUUCAGAGUGGAAUGUAAACCUGUUAGAUAUAGC